GUUUCAACACCGAUCAUGGCUACCAAAACCCAAGCGGCAGACCUUCCCUUUAGCCGCAAACCCCGCCGGCGGUCCCCCUGCCGAGAACUCACCUUCUUCUUCCACGACGUUCUUUUCAACGGCCACAAUUACCACAACGCAACCUCCGCCAUCGUCGGCUCCCCACAGUGGGGCAACAAGACCGCCGUGGCGAAGCCGUACAAUUUCGGGGACGUGGUGGUGUUCGACGACCCGAUAACGGUGGACAACAACUUCCACGGGGCGCCGGUGGGCCGGGCCCAGGGCAUGUAUUUGUACGACCAGUGGAGCACGUACGGCGCGUGGCUGGGGUUCUCGUUUCUGUUCAACUCGACGGAGUACGUGGGGACGUUGAACUUUGCGGGGGCGGACCCGUUGAUGAACAAGACCAGGGACAUUUCGGUAAUUGGAGGGACUGGAGAGUUCUUCAUGGCUCGAGGGAUAGCCACUUUGUCGACUGAUGCAUACGAAGGAGAUGUCUACUUUAGGCUUCGUGUUGACAUUCAGUUGUAUGAGUGCUGGUAGUGGUAAGCUUAUAAGCCGGCUCGCUAGCUCGUUAAUAAGCCGUGCUUCAUGGCUUCAAAGUUUCUAUUACCGUUUUGUCCUUUUUCUUUGUUUUUGUGUUACGUGAGAACAAUUUGGGGGGUGAUUUGUCUCAUCCAUGCAUGGAAUAUUAUCAUGAUCAGCAAUUUGUUUACUCAAUAUAUCUGGAAUUUCAAUCAAAUUUGCUA